AUGCUAAAAUCUACUCACGGGGCAUUUCGUAUUCUUUGUGACACAUACGUUACUGAAGAUACUGGUACCGGCAUUGUUCAUCAGGCUCCUUACUUUGGCGAGGAUGACUAUCGGAUUUGUCUUGCCAAUUCUGUAAUCUCUAAGUCUAUGCCUAUGGUAUGCCCUAUUGACCCAAGUGGGCGUUUCACUUCAGAGGUUCCUGACUUCCAAGGACUCUACGUGAAGGAUGCCGAUAAGGCAAUUAUAAAUCAUUUGAAGAAAAAAAAUCGCUUAAUACUUCAGGCAACCAUCAACCAUAGUUAUCCAUUCUGUUGGCGCUCGGACACUCCACUCAUCUACAAGGCCGUACCAACAUGGUUUAUUCGGGUUGAAGAUAUGGUUGAACGUCUUCUAAUUAAUAAUGAAAAAUCUUACUGGGUGCCUGAUUUCGUUCGGGAAGGUCGUUUUGCCAACUGGCUGCGUAGUGCACGUGAUUGGGCCGUCUCACGAAACCGCUACUGGGGUACCCCGAUUCCAAUCUGGGCUAGUAAAGAUUACGAGGAAUUGGUUUGUGUUGGCUCUAUCGAUGAAUUGCAUCAGCUGAGCGGAGUCCGUGUCAAUGACCUGCACAAAGAUAUGUAA